CUAGCAAACAUCUCAUCUGUCUGGCGCAACGACGUUAUGGUUUCGCUAGCUGCGUGUUUUUGUCCUAUUUUUGAUUAAUUUCCUUCAGUUGCGCACAGCCAAAUAUUAGCAUGUGCAAUUUGAGCUGCUUAAUAAGUAGCAAGGCCGUUUGACACGCUUAAAUCGAAACCAGCGAUUGUUUGGACUUAUUUUUAGAGGCCGUGUAUUCGUACAGUCACUGUUUUUACAGCUUUUUUUCAACGCUUUUUUUUUUUCUCCCAACGACCAUUCAACAUUUUUUCAAUUUUUCUGCUUUUAUUAUACAAAAGACUAUUACCUACCACUUCGCUGGGGCAAGGCAUAUUAAAUAAUAAUAAAAAAAAAUUAUUAUUAUUUAUAUAUAGAUAAACAUUGUACAAGGAAUUGGAGCUGUUUGUUUUUCUAACGCAACCAGCACAGCAGCAGCAAAGCUCAAACAAAAUAACAAAAAAUUGCUCACCAGCUGCUCAAACACACAACCAGUACCCUCAUCAGGUCUGUCUGACUGAGCUGUCAUCUGGUAUUUUUGUCUAUUUUCCUGGUUCAACGACGCACAUUGGCUUUCGCAGAUUAUCAGCGACUAAAUAUUGACCAAGUGCAAAACUAAAACUGUGAGCUCUUUUCUGUUUGACAGCUCCUCUAUAAAAGUAUUUAGAUCUUUUUGAGUGUCGCCACUUACAUGGUUUCAGGAAGAGUUGCCCUGAUUUUUUAAACCUGGAGUUUUGUUUUUCCACGGUCGUGUUGCUUAAAUUCUAACGUUUUUAACUUUUGACGUCCAACAUACAGUCUAAUAUGAGCAAGACUAGGUAAUUUAGUUUGUGUAUGUGUGGGGGGCAACUAAGGAACAUUUUUAUUCCUUUUAUUUUUAUUUUUUUAUCCUCCAGCCAUUUGGAAACCAGCGUUAGAAUUGUUUUAAAUUUUUUUACGCCCAAUUUAUUUUUACAUAUUUUUGGCUCUAAACAUCGACAAGCUCCCAUACCGAAACAUUUCCCUUGCUGCCUUACAUACAAAAUAUAUAUAUUUUUUUUAUAUAAUCGUCUGGCUGGAUUGUUUUACUGACUAAAGGACGAAGAAGUGUGAAGGAACGAGAGGCUAGUGCUUGUUUAUCCCCUCAUAUUUCUGAUCCGGAUUGUCAUUUUAUCGCUUAAAAAUGUCGGCGAUCGAAAAACUGCAGAUGUUGAUCGAAGCAGCUGAAUAUCUUGAUCGAAGAGAAAGAGAAGCGGAGCACGGCUACGCCUCUAUGUUACCAUUCACCAGCAACAAAGAGAGGGAUGGCUUGAAACGAAAAAUGAAAAGCAAGAAAAAUUGCAGCAGCAGGUCUACACACAAUGAGAUGGAAAAGAACAGGAGGGCACAUUUACGACUGUGUUUGGAACGCUUGAAAUCCAUGGUGCCCUUAGGACCAGACUCAAACAGGCACACAACCCUCAGCCUACUUAUGAGGGCUAAGGAACACAUCAAGAGGUUGGAGGACAGUGAGCGGAAGGCCCAGCAUGCUAUAGACCAUCUGCAGAGAGAACGAAGGCACCUGCGUAGACGUCUGGAGCAGCUAGGUGUGGAGCGCACACGUAUGGACAGCAUGGGCUCCACCAUCUCCUCGGACAAAUCUGACUCCGACCAAGAAGAGGAGGUAGACAUUGACGUGGAAGGAACAGACUAUCUCCUCGGAGAUCUGGAGUGGAGCACCAGCAGCGUAAGCGACUCAGAUGAGCAGGGAAGCUUGCGCAGUAGCUGCAGUGAUGAAGGCUAUUCCAGUGCCAGUCUCCGUCGCCUCGCCAACCCUCAGGAGAAGAGCCCAGCCCUGGGCUGCAGUCUAUAAGAGCACAGCCUCACCUCGGUUCUCAACCACUCAUCUCCUACCACGUCAACCUCCUGUCGGGUCCACUCUAAUACUUAAACUAUGUUUUCUCCAUUGUGACUGAAGAUCUUCACUAAGACCGAAAUGGAAAAUGUUUUUUUUAUCAACUUGCUCUGACAAAUCCAGUCUGUUGUGAGUGGUGUGAUGGAGUUUAGACAAUAGGAGAAAGCACAGAGAAAGUAUUGGAGUUUGGACUUGGCAUCCACCAACCAGACCUCAAACAUGCAGCACUGACUGGGAGAAUCAAUCCCCACUUUGUCCAAUCAGAUAUUCCCACCCAUCAGCUUUCGCUCCCUACCCUCCAUCAUGGCCAAUUAUGGAGACAGACACUUGAUUGGAACAUUCCCUCCCCAAAGACCCUAAAAAUACCCUUAAAAACCUCAUAAGCCAGAUGAAGAAUGUGUACCGUACCCACACCCACUGCCUAGUCCCUGUCACUCUCUUUGGGACAAGUGCACCCAAUCGUACCUUCAGUCUGACUGAACCGUCCAGUAGACACAGGGCUGGGUCACCUGACCAGUUAGCUAACCUAUCAGAGCAUAGUAUUUUGCACUUAGAUUAUGAUGUUUGUAGGAGUGGCCUUUUUACACUCAUCUAAAGAGUUCUGUCUCGUCCCGAUUAAUAAUUGCUGACAGGAUUUGGGAAAGCUGUGAGAUCUGAGCAAAAGGGUAACUUCUACCGUACAGGCAGGGAUUACUUUGUGUCAAGAUGUGCUGUUAUGUCCUUUCAUUUCAAACGUCUCUUUGAAGGGACUUGCAGCUAUUGUAGUGAUGUAUCAGACGUAGUGUGUAAGCUAGUCUUAAAAAUAUCUGUACCUGCACUGUCUAAUACCCGCCAACCACUCCUGUCACUGCAUUGGGACAUUCUUUUUCUUAAAAGGGAUUAAGAAUUUUUUUUUAUUUUUUAUUUUUUAUUUUUUUUGUGCAGUGUAUACCCAGCAAGCACUCGCAAUAUUCAUGCUGUGCAAAAUCAUCAGGGUGGUAGCAAUACACACCUUAACUGGACUUACUGGUGGAUUCCUGAACAACCUAAACGUCAAUUUUUGACAUCCUAAGUGAAAGGAGCUGUCAGUGGGUAUCGAAUUCUCUUUUUCGUUUUAUUUUUUUAAUCAUUCACUGUAUUUUUAAUGCCCCCCAACCUGCCACCUUGAAUUUUACUACUUCUGGGGGGGGCGACACAACUGAAAACACAUUUUCAUGUAGAACCGUUUGCAGCAUGAGAUUCUUUGAAGAGAUUGUGGGUGGGGUUUAUGGGAUGAGGAGUGGGGACGGGGGAAUUGUGGAUCUCAGGUAUCUCUUCCUCUCUCUCUAAGGACAGUGGUGUUUUGUGUGUAUGCGUGUGUGGUACAUCCUCUUGUUCAUGCUUGUUUUCUUUUUGUCUUGACUGUUCAGCCCCAGAAGUACAAGGGUGAUUCUACAAGCACAUUCCAUGAUAGAGCAGAGCAGUGGAGGUAGUGUUAUUGCAAGGACUGCAGACACUGAUAGAAAGGUCUAAGGCUUCAGAUUACCUAUGAGCUAUGGACCGUCUGUGCUUCUGCACCAUCAGACUCAUUGUAAGAGAGUGUGUGUGUCUGUGUCUGUGUGUGUGCGCAUCGUUCCUCUGUGGCUGCUGCAUUGCAGUUUUCUUCUGCAGCUAGCUAUUUACCAUUUCAGCUAAAUGUAGACAUAUGUAUAUAGUUAACAGUAAAAAAUAUAUAUAUAUACACCCUAUAUGUACGUAUAUUGAUAAAGUAUUUAUAUUUGAUCGACAUAUAUGUUCAAACAUAGACUUUAUAUAUAUGAGAAUAUAUUUAAUAGUGAUUGAUUUAGUUGCUUUCGUUCUUCCUUUUGUUAGUUUCAAUGUGUAGUUUGAUUUGCACUCUAUAUAGAUAUGUAUAAAUAUAUAGAAAUAUAUAUAUAUAUCCUAAUGUUUUACACAUCCUGGUGCUCACAGAGCCAAAAAUCUUUCAUUAUAUUUUUCUCCUGCACAAAAAUGAAAAUAUAUUGGCAAAAAAAAAAAACAACAAAAGUACUUAAACUUUUUUAAAAAAUAUUGGAAGUGUUUUUAGAUUGUUGGUGGCAGUAUGAUUGUGGAAAGUUGGUAUGUAAAUGAUAGCUUGUUAUUUUGGUGCCUAGGUAGAACAGAAUUUGUUCCUAUAACACUAGUGAGUAAAAAGGAGCUUCUUCACGGUUUUCCGUGAAGGAUCUGUAGGUUUGAAUGUAGUGACAAUCUCUCCGUCACUGUUGCAUCACAAGCCAACAUCAAAAUAGAGAGUUAUGAAUAUAGGUGCACCAAAUAAAGAUCCGGUUUUAGCAUUUAUAAAUCUUUAAGGGAUAGUUUUCCCAAAAAUGUAAAUUCUCUCAUAAUUUUCUCACCCUUAUGCCAUCCCAAAUGUGUAUGACUUUCUUUCUUCUCCAGAAAUCAAAAGAAGAUUAUUAGAAGAACAUUUAUGCUCUGAAACACCUCACCAUGCAAGUAAAUGGGUACCAACAUUUUUAAGGUCCAAAAAGCAGAUAAAGGCAUCAUAAAAGUAAUCCAUAAGACUACAGUGGUUAAAUGCAUAACUUUCAGCAAUUCGCAUGCUUUUUGCAUAUCGCCACUUACUGAGCAAGGAGAAUUUAUAGGACAAAAUGACUGAAAAAUGUAUCUGUUUUUCAACCACACCUAUUGUAUCGAUUUAACCACUGGAGUCUUUUGGAUUAUUUUUAUGUGGCCUUUAUGUGCUUUAUGGAGCUUCAAAGUUCUGGCCACCAUUCAAUUGAAUUGUAUGGACCAACAGAGUUGAGAUAUUCUUCUAAAAUCUUAAUUUGUGUUCAGCAGAAGAAGAAAGUCAUACACAUCUGGGAUGGCAUGAGGGUGAGUGAAUGAUGAGAGAAUUUUCAUUUUUGGGUGAUGUUCAUUUUAAUGGUCCUUUAAUGUUCAUUUCAACAUAUAAUUAUACAUUUGUAAAAUCAAAAGUUGUGUAUGUUAACAUUAAUGCACUAUGAACUAGCAUGAACUUACAAUGAACAAUUGUAUUUUUAUUAACUAGCAUUAACAAAGAUUAAUAAAUGCUGUAAAAAAUAUAUUGUUCAUUAGUUCAUGAUACCUAAUGAAUUAUGUUAACGAAUGGAACAUUAAAAGGAUAUUUGGAAACAAUUUAAAAUGAAUUAAACAAAAGAUAGGAUUGUUCAUUCUUAACAUAUGGAAUGCUACUGUUGGGUAGUUUUGGAAAUGAAAACGAACUUGAUCGAGUUGUAGCCAUGAGAGCAUUAGGCACAGUGUAUGGUGGGUUGGUGUAUAUAUACAUUUUUUUUUUUGUGACGUCACUGUCCACAGACAGAGAGAAAGGGUUCAAUCUUGUUUUGUUUUAUUCAUGGGAGGGUGUUGUUUGGGGAUCUCUGCCUUUUUGUAUUGGUAUGCUUCUUUUUUCUUGUUUUUAUUUGUUACAAGUAUUUUUAAAAAGUGCAAACAAAAAGUGAACUUCCUUCUCAAGAUUGUGUCUUGUUAAAAAGUUUCUCACAGCCCACACCUACUGCAGAAACACCUUCUUUCUGUUUUAACACCCCCCCCCCCUUUUGCAGCCUUCUGUGAACACAGUUGAUGGGACACAGCUACUGUAUUGCACUUAUGAAUGUUAUGUGAAAGACUAUGGUGCUGUCACACAUCGAUGUGAAUUCCUGCUCUAACACAAACGCUUUGUUUCCGGCCUGACGCUUAUCACAGUCAAAUGAUGUCACCACGGGUUACUACUUAGAUUUGUAUUUAUGGGUUGUGUACCCUACGCAGUGGCUAAAGCCUUAAGACAUACAAAUGUAUGGAAACCAUAGAUGUUAUCCGAAACUGAAGAGAACCCAUCGCCAGUCAUUCCCAAUGAUCGUGACUGUGUCUCAGGUGUUUCACACCUUUCCAAAUAUACAUUAACACACACGUACAUACACGUGCACACAUAUUCAUCCUUGAACACAUACUGCCUCUUGUAAGCUAAAAAAAAAAAGAGGUUAAUGUCUGUUUUACAUUCAAUCAGAAAUGGACAUUUCUAUGCUGUUACUUUUUAAAAUUUGGGCUACUUUGGUGUUGACUGCUAAAUAUGUGGUUUAAAGGAAUGAACUUAAAAUAAAAAAGUGAAAAUUGUA